GUGGCCGUGAUCCAUCUCGCGCCGCACUACGGCUGUCAUUCCUCUCCUGCUUUCCCGCCGGGUCUAUCCCCCGCACAGGUGCGGCUGUCGUUCCCACCCUUUCCCACCCGUUCUAUCCCCGCACACAGGUUUAUUUGUUUAUGAGAUUAGUGCCAUGUUUCCAGUCUGUUGCCUGUGAAGUGUCCUAAAGCAUGGAGAACUUUGUUUUGUAUGAGGAGAUUGGAAGAGGAAAUACGACAGUUGUUUAUAAAGGUAGAAGAAAAGGGACAAUUAAUUUUGUUGCCAUUAUUUGCACUGAUAAAUGCAAGAGAGUUGGAGUAGCAAACUGGAUUCGUCUGACUCAGGGACUCACACAUAAGAAUAUCGUGACAUUUUAUGAAUGGUAUGAAACAAGCAACCAUCUCUGGCUUGUAGUGGAAUUAUGCACAGGUGGUUCUCUAAAAUCUGUCAUUGCUCAGGAUGAGUGUUUACCAGAAGAUGUGGUGAGAGAAUUUGGUAUUGAUCUGGUUACUGGUUUAUACCAUAUUCAUAAGCAUGGAAUUAUCUAUUGUGAAUUGAAACCUGGAAAGAUUCUACUGGAAGGGUCUGGCACUUUGAAAUUCAGUAGUUUUUGCCGGGCUAGAGCAGAUGGUGAAGACUUGGAAAAAGUUUUUGCUUUAGCUGGAGCUGAAGAAGGUGAAGAUAUUAAUGAAAACACUGUGCAAACAUACUUUAAAAGUAUAGUUCAAGGCUUUCCAUUAUACACAGCUCCUGAAGUAAUAAAGGGCGACAACUUCUGCAAAGCCAGUGAUCUGUGGUCCCUGGGAUGUUUACUUUAUGAAAUGUUCUCAGGAAAACCACCAUUCCUGUCAGAAAGCCGUUCUGAAUUAAUUGAAAAGAUUUUAUCUGAAGAUCCAUUGCGACCAGGAUCAGACAGUUUUGCUUUUCACAAACCUUCUCCUGAGUUCAUAAGUUUGCUUGAUGGGUUACUUCAAAAGGAUCCUCAGAAAAGGCUGAAUUGGACAGACCUGUUGCAGCAUCCAUUCUGGAAAGGAUCCUUUAGCCGUUGUGGUGGUGGUUCUGCAGACAGACAGGGCACAAGCUUGAGCAAAGAAGACACAGAGUUACCAGUUUCUUCUAGUGCCAAAGAGUCUGUGGAUGAUCAUGAAAAUCUAGAUAACCUGUCAUCCUCAAGGGCAGGUCUUAAAUCAUCAAGCAAUUCUUUCAAAAUAGAAACUCAGACUGAAUUGCGGCCCAAAAGUGCAGCUGAUGGUGAAUCAAACGAAUCCAUAUUUCUUCUCAGUUCUCGUCCCACCCCUAGAACUAACUCUGCAGUAGAAAUAUGUGAUGCUACUACUGUCUCAAUCAAAAAUUCUUCACAAGGAGAUUCAUGGUUGAAAAAAGCUGAAAAUGUGUGCUCAAGUCAGCAGGAUAUGGAGUCAAAAUUGAAAGAGCUCAUUUACACUGAAUCUGAUCUUACCGUGACACCAAUCAUUGACAAUCCAAAGAUAAUGAAGCAAGUACCAGUUAGAUUUGACCCAAAAGCUUUACACAUACCAGCAUAUUCAGUUGAGAAGUUGUCAUCUAUGAAAGACGUGGACUGGAAUAACUUUGUGAAAAGAGUGUGUUCCAUGCUUGAAUCCAGCGAGAAGAAUACAGGAGCAGCACGUUCUAAACUGAACUUACUGUACUAUCUGUGCACUUUGGUUGUCCACAAGGAGAUUGCAAACAGGCUAAUUAGCUCUCAGCUGUUUCCUAUAUUGAUACAGCAAUUGCGUGCAGCUGCCAACUGGGAUGUACGUGCUAACAUUGCUCGAGUGAUUGGUUUACUGGCAUUACACACAUCUGAACUUGAAGAAAAUGUACCUGUUUCUGAGGCAAUUACACUUUUAACUGAGCUAAUCAGAGAGAACUUCAGAAACAGCAAAUUGAAGCAAUGCUUUCUACCAGCACUUGGGGAGCUGCUUUUCCUCAUAGCCAGCAAGGAGGAAAAAGGGGAGCACCCCAGGGAAUGCUGGGCUGUUCCCUCAGCUGCUUACACUGUGCUAAUGAGGUGUCUUCGGGAAGGGGAGGAGCGGGUAGUGAACCAUAUAGCAGCAAAGAUAAUUGAAAAUGUUUGUACUACUCGUUCAUACCACGCACAAGGAUUUAUUACAGGAGAAAUUGGACCUGUCUUGUGGUACCUUUUCACACAUUCUACAGGAGAUUCUUUGAAGAUAACUCCUAUUUCGGCUUUGUGCAGAAUUACUCGUUCCUCACCUAAUGCUUUCCAGAGUGUCAUUGAAAAAGUGGGAUUAACAGCUGUACUGAAUUCCUUGGCAAAUGGAAUGUGCAAAAUUCAGCAGUACAUGCUCACGAUGUUUUCAGCAAUGUUGUCAUGUGGGAUUCAUCUACAGAGGCUAAUUCAAGAAAAGGAUUUUGUGACGACAAUUACUCGUCUACUUGAAAGUCCUUCAACUUUUAUUCGAGCAAAAGCCUUUCUGGUCUUGCUACAAGUUUUAAUUAAUAACAGGGAGAUGUUGCUCCUCAGUUGUCAAACAAGACUCCUGAUGUAUAUUGAAAGAGACAGCAGAAAGACCAUGCCAGGAAAAGAGCAGCAAGGUGGCAGUGAAUACCUGUCAAAAUGCCUGGAUCUUCUCAUCUAUCACAUUGUGCAGGAGCUGCCAGGAAUUCUAGGUGACAUUCUCAGUGCCCUUACUAACGUCUCUGGACGUAAACACCCAUCAACAGUUCAGGCCAAACAGCUGAAGAUGUGCCUUCCUAUGAUGCCUGUAGUGCUUCAUCUUGUGACAUCCCAGGUAUUUCGUCCCCAGAUAGUCACAAAGGAGUUUCUUUUCAACUAUGGCAUCUUACUUGAGUUCAUCAGAUCAAUAGAUUCAGGAGAAACAAUCUUGGACAGAGCAAUAGGGCAAGCUGCAUCAGAAGAAUUGAUCAAGACUACUUUAAUGACCUUUGGAGCAGUAACAGAGCAUCCCAGCUUGCUGAUGAGCCAUCGCUUGACUGUUGAAGACUCUAUCGUCCCACCACUUGUUUCUUUGGUCCACAGUCAGAAUGAGGAAUGGAGACUCUUGAGCUUGCGGUUGCUCUCAGAAACCACAUCAGUGCUUUUAAGCCACGAAGUCAUGGGUGAGGAGAAAGAGGAGAGCCUCAACUCAAACAACAAGCUUCUGUCUCUCAUUAGAGAUUUACUGCUGCCUCAGUAUGAGCACAUUCUGCUGGCUCCAGACCCAAUACCAAUGUAUGCUCUGAAACUGCUGGUGGCCCUGACUGACCGCAGCCCUGCUUCUGCGAGCCUCAUGGAAGAAAACCAUCUUUUUCCAGUUCUUUUUCAACUCAUCUUGAGAUACCAGGACAGUAUACUUGGGAAUACAAUGCAAACUGUAAUUGUCUUACUGAAUAAUAUUGUUGCUAACAAAAGUGUGAACAUGAUUCCACUCUUUCAAGAAGGACUGACUCAUCACAUCUGUAAUCUCCUAACAGAAGCUGUGGCCCUGUACUUGGAGGCAGAUGAUAAAAGGAACACCAAGACAGCAAAUGUACUGCUUGGGUCCUUACUUGACAUUUUGCAAUACAUGCUGACAUAUACAGCAAACAUUGUGCGCCAGACUUUGCAGGCACAGAAAUCUGGGGCAGGAGGAGACACACAGGCUGCUGAAGACCUUCUGCUUAUCAAUAAACCCCUGACGGACCUGAUUAGCCCGCUUAUUCAACUGCUUCCCAGUGAAGAUACUGAAAUAUUUUUGAGUGCCUCACAGAGCUUAUUAUUGCUCGUUCAGCUGUAUGGAGGGAGCAAUGAGGAGAGUAUGUCUCCAGAAAACAUGUACAGCUUUGCUGAAGUCCUGAAGUCCAAAGAAGAUCCACGAGAACUUAAGCUUUUGUUGAAAAUUGUUAAGAGACUGGGAUGUAUCUCCCACUCCGCUGCAAAGAAAAUGGAUCGGAGCUGGACUUUUAUGUUACAAUGUCCAAAGUGGGGAAUGCACUUCAGUGAAGCAGUGUGUGUUCAGAAACACUGUAAGGAAUGAGAAGAGGCAUCAAAACCACCAGGAAUUAUAGGGUCAUCACUGGAUGAGGUGGUCUGGGGAUGUUUCUGGCCACAAUCAUAUUAAUAGUUAGAAUAGCAAGUUGCUUGAACCCUGAUCCAAAAGACUCAAUAAUACAAUGUUUAGGGGUAUUGUGCUAAUGUCAUGUAGGACACAUAUGCUAUAGCCCACCAGUUUGUUUUAAGGAAAGCAAAAGGGAUGAUUCUGUUUCAAACAGAAACCCAACCAAUGUACAUUAAACAGCCGGACAGCUGUCGGUCCUGCACUAAUAAAGCAGCUGUAGGUGCAGAAGCCUCUGCAGCCCCCAGUCUUCCCUGAGCCCAACUGCUCUGCAAGGCUGCCAGUGCAGGUGCACUCACCCUGCAGUGUGCUCCAGCAUCCAAGUUCCUCCAUGCAGGAGAGCCUGCGCUCCAGCCAGACCUGAGACCAUACUUCAGUACAGAAAAUGUGUGUGUCUGCUCUAGGGACCACUGCAGAAUGCAAGCAUCACCUUUGUGUCUCAAGCUGUACUCUUGGUUUUGUCUGGAAACUUAAGACAUGUAACUAGGAGGAGCAACCUGAUUAAAAACAAGGGAGUUUGCAUCA